AGGAUGCUGUACCAUAGACGAAACAGAACUGAAAGUGAAAGUUGUAGUCGCUUCGCAGCAUGUAAACAUUAGGCUACACAAACUGUAUUUACUUGAACAAUUCCAGCGUUUUUUUAAGGACCUCUCAUUAGCUAAGCCUGCUUGCUUAGAUGCGUCAAAUAUAGCCUAACAAUAUUGAGUGACGCACAGAACAAAGGGAUCAAAAUGUCAAGGUUGUCUUACUUAGGCAUACACAUGUCUAGGCCUACCCGCCGGGACUACGUCUCAAGCAUAAGAGGUCUGAGGAAUUUUGGCCUAUCCUGCUGUGUGAAUGCUCUGCUGCAGUCAAUAUCUGCCACAGAGGAACUACUAAAGCUUCUUGACAGAUGGAAUCCAAGUGGUAAUUAUGAGGAAAGAAACAAUGUACCCCUGCUGCUAAGGAAGACUUUACAUUCCAUGCAGGGAGAAACUCCUCAACCAGCACCUCACUGCGAGUUCCUGGACUGCCUAGAUCGCAAUUCAAUCCCCAGAAAUGUGCAGCAUGAUGCAGACGAAGUCUUUCUCUCAAUCCUCAACCUCAUUCUGCAAAAGAUGACUGACACACAGCUGAAAGAGGAAAUCCUUGAGCUGUACAAGGUCAAAGUUGAGGGACAUGUGGUGUGUUCAGAGUGCACAUUCGAUCAUAAAGUCAACAGCUAUAUGCUCAGCCUUCCACUCCCUUUGCAAAAGGGACAGAAUAACUUGGAGGACUGCAUACAGACAUUCUUCAGGCAACAGGAGCUAAGUGGGGAAGACAAAUGCUACUGUGAGAGAUGUGGCGAGAAACAACGAUCCACUCAGGGGUUCAAACUCUGCUCCCUCCCCCAAAUCUUAUGUAUCCAUCUCAAGCGAUUCCGAUAUGAGGGCGGCUUCACUCAAAAAUUGCACUGCAAAGUCACUUUCCCUGACACACUCAACUUCAGCAGCAUUUUGGAUCCAGAUUGCAUUUCUGACGUUUUUAAAAAGGAUGAUUCACCUUACAGUCUGUAUGCAGUUGUGGUGCACUCAGGAACUGCCAUGUUUGGGCACUACACAGCCUAUAUUCAACCCCCAGGAGAGCAGACAUGGUAUUAUGCAAAUGACAGUCGGGUACGACAGGUGAACUGGGAUAAGGUUCAGAGUUCUUUUGGUGGACAAAAUGAUGGUGAUACGGCAUACAUGCUGUUAUACAGAAGACAGAAAACCAGUGAGGAUCAAGGAUACUCAGUUUGAAGGACACUCCACUACAUUCCUCUCACAUAAGAAGGUGCCAUAAGACAAUAUAGAUGACAAUGAACAUUUAAUCUUAAAGAGAAAAACAAAAAUAAGAGUACAGUUUGACCCAAGUUUACAUUAUUCCGUAGUUUUGUACUAUUUCUCUUAUCAAUUAUGAAAUGGCUUUCAUUUAAGGUUAUAUAUUAUACACAUUUCAAUGAAUCUUUGGUGUAGUAAUUGUGGGGAGAGGUUUUCUCAGGUUAAAAGUUUUCCAAAUGAAUGUUCUAUUUCUUUCCCUGAAACGAAAUUUCUCUCAGCAGUUCAUUUCUUAUUUCUUCAGUAGCAUGGUAAGAUACUUUAAAUCUAUGUAUGUUACAGCCUGUGUCUUGUGGGAGAUUGCUGGCUAUCUUAUGGAUACUAUAGUCUUCCACUAGGUGGUAGUCCUUAAUCAGAGGAAGACACACUCGCGACACGUCGCGUUGUCGAAUCAGAUUAGACAGUCUUAUGUCAGACAGUGUGAGGUGAGGUAGGGUUUGAAAAGAAUGCUGACUUCAAGUGUUUGUGUACUGGGGGGAAAAACCUGUACAAGGCCAGAAGUGGAGAGGAGAGUCAUGUCUGACCCUGAUGCAAAAAAGAUGUGACUCAUACUUGAGAAAACGAAGCCGUUCCUCUCAGUCUGUACAUCUCUUCUCUUAAUUUUAGUAUUAAUUUAGGUCCAGUUUCAUGUAUUCAAUGUGGAGUAAGGUCUCUUUUUUUUUUGUAAAACGAGAAGUACUUGCUAGCACUCCUAACUAUGACCAGCGACGCUAAUUGUUUGAUAUUGAACAGCAAGUUGAGUUUGCGGGUUUUUGCCCAAAACCUUUUUUCUUUUGUGCUGAAUCUAUAGAGAUCAUUGUUCUCUUUCACUUUUGUUUAGGAGGUGUGGGGUUGGUGGUGGUGUUGUGGAAAAAUACAACUUAGUUGCAAUAGACCAUUUAUCAAUCGUCAUAUACGAAGAUUCAAGAUAAGAGCUCUAAUUAUUUUGAUUAACGAGAAAAUAAUUUAACACUAUAAUUUACUACUCAAAUGUCAUGAUAAACGGUUGGGUAUUUUUACACUGAUUGUAUUACUUGGAGCUUUAAUGAAUAUUAAAUUGUUUGAAUAUUUAAUGUCUUGUAACAUAAACUCUGUUCCACAACUGUGGUUUACUGUG